AUGGCUCUUUCCAAGGUCUCUCUGGCGCUCAUCCUGUCUUUGUUUUCGGCCAGCUCUUUGCAAGCUCCGACACAGUCAACAGUGAACGCAUGCGAUGCUCUCACCCAAGCUAUCCCAGGGAAGCUCUUCAAUCCCCGGUCAUCAGGAUAUAAGGAGGAGAACGAUGAUUACUGGAACGUCGGUCUUUCAGACCUGAAGCCGGCCUGUAUCCUGAAGCCGACCACUUCCCAAGAAGUUGGUAAAGCUUUCCAGGUUCUCGGUGAAUAUACGGAUGUGAACUUUAGUGUCAAGAGUGGUGGACACGACCCCAAUCCUGGACAUGCCAGUAGCCAGGGUGGCAUUCUGAUCGCACUGAGCAAGAUCAAGGGAACGACAUAUGAUAAAGAUACUAACCUGGCUCAAGUCAAGCCUGGAGGGCAGUGGAAGGAUGUCAUUGGCCCGUUGGAACAGUACGGUGUUACUGUGGGAGGGGGUCGUCUAGAUACUGUGGGCAUUGGUGGGUAUUUGGCUGGAGGAGGACUGUCCUUCUUGUCAGCGCAAUACGGGAUGGCUGCAGAUUCUAUCGUCGGAUGGGAGCUAGUAACAGCGAACGGCUCAGUUAUCAACGUUAACGCGAAGACUCAUCCAGACCUUGCUGUGGCGUUGCGUGGUGGCGGCAAUCAAUAUGGUGUUACCACCAAGUUUUCCAUUGAGGCCCAUCCUAUCGGAAAGGUCUGGGGAGGCAUACGGGUAUACGCUGGCUGGGCCGAGCAGGAAGUCUUCGCUGCCCUGCAUGAUUUCAUCGCCAAUAACCACAAAGAUCCGAAAGCCGCAGUCAUUCUUACCUCCACCAAACUCGUUAGCGAUGUGGAAACCUAUAUAAUAUUUUUCUUCUAUGACGCUCCGGAGGCUCCGAAGGGUGCCUUUGGAAAGUUCGAAGAUAUCAGCUCAUUCUUGGACUUGACUCAGUCAGAUACGUACUCUGAACUCCUCGCAAAGAACUCCGUGGGAGCAGAUUUGCUCCCGACCAGAGCAUCUUUCCGCAGCAUCACUCUCCCCCGCAUCCCUUCCAGACCUCAAUUCUACCAAGAAAUUGAGGCCCAAUGGGAGACCCUCUUCAAGGACUAUGCCGAAUCCCACCCUGGAUCGGCCGUAGAUAUCAUAUUCCAGCCGUUCCCGGCAGUCAUAGCCAAGAACAGUGCCUCCCGUGGCGGCAACGCGAUGGGCUUAACAGAAAAUGACAAAGAUCGCUUCAUCCUUACGAUCACGGGACAAUGGACACCCGCUGAUGAUGAUAAUACCAUCUGGGACCUGUCCAAGCAGCUCACCGACUGGAUCGAGCAACAGAUUCCGCAUGUAACCACUCCUGAAAGUGAACAGUACUUGCCCCUGUUCAUGAAUCAUGCGGCCUUCAGUCAGGAUGUCUUUGGAUCAUAUAAGGACGUCGAGAAGUUCAAGGUCCUGCAGAAGGAAAUGGAUCCUACCGGCUUCUUUGCCAAACGCGCAGGCGGGUUCAACAUCUAGUUACAACCGAAUACUGUUCUCAGACCCUGGCCCGAACCAAAGCUUCUUGAGACUUGAGGUGAUAGAGGACAUUCGAUUAAUAUAAUUCGUCACCGGCGAAUGACUGUUUAUAUUAUUCGCGCCAUUAUCUCCCAUAGAGAAGUUUGCAUGUAUAGCACACUAUCAAUGUCAGCAUACAACCAUUGUU